AUGACAAAGACUGCCUCGCCGUUUCUCAGUCUUAAGGGAACUUUCGGUUGUAAUGCCGGUACCUAUGCAACGGUCUACAAAGGUCGAAGUCUUCUUACGGAGAACUUGGUGGCCCUGAAGGAAAUUCGACUGGAACAUGAGGAAGGUGCUCCAUGCACAGCCAUCCGAGAAGUCAGUCUCCUACGUGACCUUCGUCAUGCCAACAUUGUCACUCUCCAUGACAUUAUUCACACUGAAAAGUCCCUCACACUAGUAUUUGAGUAUCUGCAACGCGAUCUGAAACAAUACCUCCACGAAUGUCACAAUUUGAUGCAUCCAGAGAAUGUUCGCCUCUUCUUGUAUCAACUUCUUCGUGGAUUGGCCUUCUGCCACGCCCGUCGUAUCCUGCAUCGUGAUCUCAAACCCCAGAACCUCCUCAUCAACGAUCGUGGUGAUCUCAAACUGGCUGAUUUUGGUCUUGCUCGGGCCAAGUCCAUCCCCAUUAAAACUUACUCAAAUGAAGUCGUUACGCUUUGGUGA